AUGUCAAAAUCGGUGGUCAUUGUAUCUCACUUGAAACCUGAGGCCCGUCUCGCCCAGGCUGUUUCGCAAUUUGAAGCCGAGCUUUCCGAUGAACACAAAGCAAGCUUUCGUGUAUCGAGAUCAAAAGCCAUUGGAUCUCCUCCUGGUAUCCAAGAUGUCAUGCAACUUACAGCGGAGAUCGAUCACGCCGCCGAAAAGAGACGGCGUUGUUUAGGACCGCGGCUUACCAACAUCCUGCAAGCCACACAGCAAUUUGCAGCACUUGGUGAUGUUCUAGUCGGUGGAUCACAGAAUAUAUUGGUUUGCGGUGUAUGGACAACAGUACGAUUGUCAUUGCAGAUUAUUGCCGGAUUCACCUCUUACCUGGAGAGAUUAUCAAAUGUCUUCAUGAUCGCCGGCCGUCUCGCUCCACGACAUGAAAAGAUGGCUCUGUUGUAUCCCCGAUCAAGCGAACUGCAGACCUCUUUGUGUGAAUACUUUAUCGUUAUUGUACGCUUUUGUCGUGAAAUAUCUACUUUUGCGCGCAAAUCAGCUUUCGGUAAACUGGCUGCUUCACUAAGUGACCCUAAUCUCAAAUCAUACCAGUCAGACUUGGAGUCUUGGGGACAGAUGAUCAAGGAUGAAGUGACAUACCUGAUGGCAAAGAGACUCGAAGAUGAAGGCGACCUCAAUUCACGAUUCAGAAUAAUGUCGACCAAACUUCAUAAGUCAAGUGCCUACCAGCAAUUAGUCCAAAUAAAGCAGCGAGUGCUUGAUUUCUGUUCUCAGUACUACCAUACUGUCGCUUGGAAGCAAAUUCGAAAAACAGGAAACACGAGUCUGUUUCGUGAGAGUCAUGUGUACCGAAACUGGAAGGCUUCACUGCUUGCUUCCACUGUGUACUGGCAAGCUAGGCUCUGGGAAGUCCGUUCUGAUGGCGAACAUAGUAGAUGA